UCAUUUGCCUCUGACCUACGACGAUGAUUUAUGACGUGAAUUCUCCGCUUUUCCGUUCCUUUCUCAGCCAGAAAGGAGGCGCCUCCGACAAAAGGAAAACUGAAGAGCAGAGGCCCAAGGAACAGAGGCCAAAAGCAAGUGAUAACAAGCCUGUUAUGAAUGAGUGAGAGCUGCCAGAUGUGAACUUAUUUUAGAUAAUUUGAAAUGUUGUUAAGCAACUCUUUUAAAGAUGUUGAGCACGCAAUUGUCAUUUGAAUAGAUCUAUCUCUUUAAGUUUUUUUGAUCAUUUACUUC